AUGGGAAAGAAAGCUAUUGAUUCUCGUAUCCCAUCUCUCAUCAGAAAUGGUGUUCAAGAGAAACAAAGAAGUUUCUUUAUAAUUGUUGGUGAUAAAGCCCGUAAUCAAUUACCUAAUUUACAUUAUUUAAUGAUGAGUGCUGAUUUAAAGAUGAACAAAUCAGUCUUAUGGGCAUAUAAGAAGAAAUUGUUAGGUUUUACGUCACAUAGACAAAAGAGAGAAGCUAAGAUUAAGAAAGAUAUUAAGAGAGGUAUUAGAGAAGUAAAUGAACAAGAUCCAUUUGAAGCAUUUAUUUCAAAUCAACAUAUUAGAUAUGUUUAUUAUAAAGAAACUGAAAAGAUCUUGGGUAAUACUUAUGGGAUGUGUAUCUUACAAGAUUUCGAAGGGUUGACUCCUAAUUUAUUAGCAAGGACUAUUGAAACUGUUGAAGGAGGUGGAUUGGUUGUUAUUCUUUUGAAAUCUAUGACUUCAUUAAAACAAUUAUAUACCAUGACUAUGGAUAUCCAUUCUAGAUACAGAACUGAAGCACAUGAUGAUGUAGUGGCUAGAUUCAAUGAACGUUUCUUACUUUCCUUAGGAUCAUGUGAAACUUGUUUAGUUGUCGAUGAUGAAUUGAAUGUUUUACCUAUUUCAGGUGGGAAGCAUGUCAAACCAUUACCGCCUAAAGAUGACGACGAAUUAACUCCAAAUGAAAAGGAAUUAAAAGAAUUAAAGGAAAGUUUAGCAGAAGUACAACCAGCUGGAUCUUUGGUUGGGUUAUCCAAGACUAUAAACCAAGCCCAAGCGAUCUUGACAUUUAUCGAUGUUAUAUCAGAAAAGACUUUAAGAAGUACCGUUACAUUAACUGCAGGUAGAGGUCGUGGUAAAUCUGCUGCACUUGGUAUUGCCAUUGCUGCUGCUAUUUCCCAUGGAUAUUCAAAUAUUUUUGUUACUUCUCCAUCUCCUGAAAAUUUAAAAACCCUUUUCGAAUUUGUUUUUAGAGGAUUUGAUGCUUUGGGAUAUACUGAACAUAUGGAUUAUGAUAUUAUUCAAUCAACCAACCCUUCAUUCAAUAAAGCUAUUGUUAGAGUUGAUCUUAAGAGAGAACAUCGUCAAACUAUUCAAUAUAUUUCUCCAAAUGAUAGUCAUGUAUUGGGACAAGCAGAAUUGGUUAUUAUUGAUGAAGCCGCUGCUAUUCCAUUACCUAUUGUUAAGAAACUCAUGGGUCCUUAUUUGAUUUUCAUGGCUUCUACUAUUAAUGGUUAUGAAGGUACUGGUAGAUCCUUAUCCUUGAAAUUAAUUCAACAAUUAAGACAUCAAUCCAAUAAUACCACUCCUGCCGAUACCGCUAUUGUCUCCAGAGAUAAGAAAUCAGCCGAAACCGGUUCAUUGACAAGAAAUUUGAAAGAAGUCGUCUUGGAUGAACCAAUCAGAUAUGCCCCUGGUGAUCCAGUUGAAAAAUGGUUGAAUAAAUUACUUUGUUUGGAUGUUUCCUUAUCCAAAAAUGCAAAAUUUGCAACAAAGGGAACCCCACAUCCUUCUCAAUGUAACUUAUUCUAUGUGAAUAGAGAUACUUUAUUCUCCUACCAUCCAGUUUCCGAAGCUUUCUUACAAAAAAUGAUGGCAUUAUAUGUUGCUUCUCAUUAUAAGAAUUCUCCAAAUGAUUUACAAUUAAUGAGUGAUGCCCCAGCACAUCAACUAUUCGUAUUGUUGCCACCUAUAGAAGAAGGCGAUAAUAGAAUCCCUGACCCACUCUGUGUUAUUCAAUUGGCUUUAGAAGGUGAAAUCUCGAAAGAAAGUGUUAGAAAAUCAUUAUCAAGAGGACAAAGAGCCGGUGGUGAUUUGAUUCCUUGGUUAAUUUCACAGCAAUUCCAAGAUGAAGAAUUUGCUUCUUUAUCUGGGGCUAGAAUUGUUAGAAUUGCUACCAAUCCGGAAUAUUCUGGUAUGGGAUAUGGAUCUAGGGCUAUCGAAUUAUUACAAGAUUAUUAUCAAGGGAAAUUCACUGAUAUUAGUGAAUCUACCGAGCUUAAUGAUCAUACAAUUACUAGGGUCACUGAUAAAGAAUUGGCUAAGGCUUCUUUGAAGGAUGAAAUUAAAUUAAGAGAUGCAAAGACAUUGCCUCCAUUGUUAUUGAAAUUGUCUGAAAAAGCUCCAUAUUAUUUACAUUAUUUAGGAGUUUCCUAUGGAUUUACUUCCCAAUUACAUAAAUUCUGGAAACGAUGUGGAUUUUCUCCAGUUUAUUUAAGACAAACUCCAAAUGAAUUAACUGGUGAACAUACAAGUGUGGUUAUAAAUGUCUUACCAGGGAGAGAAGAUGCUUGGUUACAUGAAUUCUCCAAGGAUUUCCAUAAACGUUUCUUAUCCUUGUUGUCUUAUGAAUUUAGAAAAUUCCAAGCUUCUCAAGCAUUAAGUAUCAUUGAAGCUACUGAAGUAGGUGAAGGUAUUGGUUCAUCUGCAGUUCAGAAAUUAACUAAACAACAAUUGGAUGAACGUUUAUCACCUUUCGAUUUAAAGAGACUAGACUCAUAUGCUAAUAAUUUAUUAGAUUAUCAUGUUAUUGUGGAUAUGUUACCUUUACUUGCCCAAUUAUUUUUCUCCAAAAAGACAGGCGAUGAAGUUCAUUUGUCCUCCGUACAAUCAGCAAUUUUAUUAGCUAUUGGUUUACAACAUAAAGAUAUUGAUCAAAUCUCAAAUGAAUUACACUUACCUUCAAACCAAUCAAUGGCCAUGUUUGCCAAAAUUGUUCGUAAGUUCUCUGUAUACUUCAGAAACGUCUUAAGUAAAGCCAUUGAAGAGACAAUGCCUGCCUUAGAAGAUGAGCAAGUCAAGGAAAUGGAAGGUGGUGAAGAAGAAGAAGUGGUUGAUUAUGCAGCUGUCGAACAACAAUUACAAGAUGAUUUGACCGAGGCUGGGGAUGAAGCCAUUAAAGAAAUGAGAGAAAAACAACGUGAAUUGAUCAAUGCUAUUAAUUUGGAUAAGUAUGCUAUUGCAGAUGAUGCUGAUUGGGAAGGUGCAGAGAAGUCUUUGACUAAGGCAGCAAAGAAAGGUGGUGUUGUUGGAGUUAAGAGUAAGAAUUCAAAGAGGAAGUCUACUGAAAGUGCUACUGAGAUUUAUGAAAAGGAAAUGAAGCUGGUUAGCAAGAAACUUAAGAAAUCUAAAAAGUAA